CGCGGCAAGGAAAGACGCCCCAGACGACGCCAAAGUACUAGAGUAGCGAGGACAUACGUACAGCGUCUGUAGUUGGUGUGUUGAAAUAUCCAAAAACGCGUGAAUAAUUCAAUCUCAAAUUACUAGGACACAUUCCUGUACCGCAAUCAUAAUCCAAUCACUUUGACAACGACAAACAAUGAGUAAAUCUAAGGAUUCACCAGUCAAUGAGACCGAGACGGAGGAGGAGUUCAGUGUCGAGAAGGUUUUGGACAGGAGAGUGAGAAAUGGAAAGGUCGAGUAUUUCCUCAAGUGGAAAGGUUACUCGAACGAUGAGAACACGUGGGAACCUGAAGAGAAUCUCGAUUGUCCUGAUUUGAUUUCUCAAUUCGAAGAGGCACGCAAGAAGAAAGAGGCUGCCAGUGGGAAACAUCGUGAGGAAAAGGAGCCCAAGAAGAGAAAGAGUUCAAGCACACCAACUCCAACCCAGCCAAAGAAAAAGAUCGUUGAUGAUAAGAAGUUGGAAGGCUUCGACAGAGGUCUAGAACCCGAGAGAAUUAUUGGUGCAACUGACUCAAGUGGGGAAUUAAUGUUCCUCAUGAAGUGGAAAGGAACUGACGAUGCAGAUCUGGUGGCUGCAAGAGUGGCUAAUGAGAAGUGUCCCCAAAUCGUUAUUAAGUUCUACGAGGAGAGACUCACGUGGCACAGUCCCACACACGACGAGGAGGGCUCCAAUAAGCCCGAUCCAGAGUAGCACUCAGCCUUUUCGUACACCUAUACAGCUCGUUUUAAGAUUUGUCAUAUCUAAGGAUUCCUCGAAAGAUCAGACUCAUAAUAAACGACAUAUAAAUAUUCGCAUUAACACUUUCAAAGUAAAUAUCUAAUUAUUAAAGUCAGAGAAAUAAAUGUUGAAUUAUCUUCAAAAAGGGUUUGAGCUUUGGAAAAAAUUAACUGAUUACAACAUUAUCAGUGGAGCAGAUAAAAUUGAAGGGAUAAAGGACGGUAUAUUCGAUAUUUUUUAUUACCAGUUAAUAAUAAAACAAAAAGUACGAAAGUAGAUUUAAGGAGGAGAUUUUUGAAUACAUUUCAAAAAAAAUUCAGUUGUGGAAUUGGUGAGCACCUCAUUUCAAAUUACCUCAUUAGUGGUUGAUUUUACGAGAAAAUUUAGACACGUUUUUACAGUUACAAUUAUUAAUAAUUGCCGGCUAGGAUUCUUGAAUUUUCACUCGAAAUUACUUGUGAAAACGACAAAUUGAUGAUCGAAAAAUCAGUGCGAAUGGAGCAGUGAUAUUUUGCGAAAUUGUAAUAUUUUCUAGUUGAGAAAUUUCUUCAGCUUUAAAAAAGUCAACUUUUUCUUCUAGAAUCACCUAUUUUUUUUUUAAAUAAAGUGGUAAUUACAAACUAUUCAGUGGUGCAUUGAAUUGAAUCGAUUCACAAUCCCACGACUGAGGUUUAUGACAAGUUUAUGACUGGGUAUAAAAAGACGUCGAUGGGACAAAAUUGUCAGUUUGACUUUUGCCAUCUCACGUAUGAAAACAAAAAAGAAGCACCAAUCGUUCAACAUUCGGGGGAGAUCUCUUUUUUUUUUUUCUCUAACUUGAUCAUUUUUUAGAGAACUCAAACCGUAUCAUCCUAGAUUACUUAUUCAUUAUAUUAAUAAAGUUAUUUAAAUAAGUUCUUUUUGAAAAAAACUAGAUGUUCGGCGCAGUAGAAGGAGAAUGAUUUCCACGGGAUUGUUUCAAGUAUCUUGCGAUUUUUUGGUGUUAACAAUUUUAGGAUUAAAAUUUAUUCCAUUAAUGUUUAGUACGAAUGGGAACUCUCGAUUUUGUUUUUUUUUGUUACUAUAGUAUGACAAAUUUCUUUGAUAUAUUAUAAAUGCGUUUCCAAAACUUCUACUGUAAAAUAAAAAA